UUGCAGAAUUACUCUCUCAUGAUGGCAGAGAAGUUCCAAGAAUCUGACAACCUUCAAGAAGUCCAGGAAAAAAGCAAGAGAGAUAUCCUGAGGUACACCAAGAGGGCCUGGGCAACUCUGGAUGAGCAGCUGCCUCCAGGGUCCAAGGAAGACAGGCAGGCUCUCACCUACACCACGUUGGGAGAUUCCAAACAAGAAAGUAUUCAGCAGUGGCUGGACUCUGGAUUCUUUAUCUCUGUAAAUGAAAACCUUCAGCAAGCCGUCAACCACACUGCUACUUUGCCUGAACAAGGAAUCGUUCAAAUGACUGUGAGAGACUACAUGAGAUCUCUGCACCAGUUUUCAGAAACUCCUGCCCUCUCCAGAGGAACCAGUUUCAACUCCUGCCAUUCUGUGGCAAGUAUACCACAAAGCGUUCCUGAAUGGCUAGAAUUUUGGGAAAAAGAUCCAGUGGAGAUUCUCUUGGAUUUGGGGUUUGGUGCUGAUGAGCCAGAUAUCUGCACACAAAUCCCAUCCAGAUUUCUUGGUUGUAGCUCAGCAGCCAAAGGUAUCAACAUCCGUGUUUUUCUUGAAGCUCAAAAGCAGCGGAUGGAUGUUGAGAAUCCUAAUUUAUAUGGCCGAUUCCGACAGCUGGAAAUCCUAGAUCACGUGACCAAUGCGUUCUCAUCUUUGCUGCAUGAUGUUAACAUCCUACAGAACAUAACUGAAGAGAAAACUGGAGGAGACAGUGUGCAAAAAGGAGUGAGUGGGGCUAAAGAGUAUAGAAGAAGAAUGGGUAAGCUCUUAAGAAAAGCUUCGAAACAGGACAUCAGGAGGGAUUGUAAUCCAGAAUCAGAGUCCUCAAAGAUGAUGGAGGAAUCUUUCAUCGCAUCUGCCAGACUAGGGGAGUGUGGAGCAGAGUUGCCAGGAGAAGCAACCAACCACAUUGAACAUCAUCUGUCUCCUUUGGCAGAGCACCACUCUCUCCAAGCCCAUGAUGAUUUGAUAGCUUGUUGUCCUCCCCAAACUCUUCUAGGCAAACAGUGGCGUUGCUCAUCCAUGCUGGCAAAGCAGGCUUCUCCUUUCUGUGUGUCCGAGGGAACAAGCAAGAACAGAACUCAGAAGGAGAACUCAUUUCAGACUAUCAAGUUUCUGAACUUGUCUCAUCUUGCGGGUAAAGGACUAGAGUCCUUUGAAAUGGAAGAGGUCCAGAGUUUUGAAGAUGAAACUAGCAGUCUUUUUGACAUGACUUCAGGAACUGUAGGUGCCAGUGUAGACAGAGCAAAUAGCUGUCAGUCUGACAGCAGUGGGUUUCUGGAGGAGUCACUGGAACCACUGCCCCUCCAGAUGCUUUCUUUGCCUAGCAGCCCAUGUCCUGCUGAGAAGGAAGGUAGAAAGCCAAGGGGUCAGAGCCAUGGCUUAGUAUCAUCCCAGGACUGUCAGCCAGAGUCAGACGAGUCUGAUGCCAAGAGUAUGGUGAGCACAUCUUUUUCAAGCCAGGACUGGAGUGUCUUGGAAGAAAAGACCUCAACAUCUGUGGGAGAGGAAGAGUCUCAGCUUGAGGCUAUAGAAGGACCACUAGAGCCAUUGAUCCCAGAUGGGACCCCUGCCAAGACUGUCACUGGGGGAGAAUACCCCAGGAAAGACGGCUAUUCACAGCAUCUCCAGCCAGUGCCCCACAUUGAACACGAGGUCACUGGAGCCACAGUCACUUCCAAACCCCAAAGAUCUGUUGGGAUUAUGGAAACUCACACUACAGAAGUGAAGGACAGGUUUUGGAGGCUUGAAGGAGCUGAGGAAGUGCACAUGAAAAGUCACCACUGUAAGCCUCAAAGGCCAUCUGAACAUGACUGUGCUCAGGACAGGGUCUUCUGCAAUGAUUCUGGAGCCCCAAGAGGAGAGGAAAGUAACAAACUCUAUCCUGACACCAACCUCACUUCACCAACACAAGAAUGUUCACCGCAGCAUGUGCCCAAGCACAGUGAAGUCACGUCCUGCACAACUGAUCUAAUUCAAAUAUCUGAAAAGUCUAUUCCCCACAUAAAUGAACAGCCUGGAGAUACUCCUCUGGUGAAGUCUAGGUGUAGUGCUUUGAGUCAGACACCUUGGGCAGAAGUGGAGACAGAAAACCUUCUUCCAGAUUCUGACUCAAGGACUGGCAAUUCCAGGUCUGUGACAAUCCAGAUGACCUCCAAGCUGGUGAUGUCUGCUCAGAAUGCUAUGGCCAUGGGGACUGAUUCUACGGGAGCAAUUUUAGAAUGCACUACGUGUGACUCUGUUAACACAAUGGCACCAAGUCUGGGCACAGAAGCAAAACAGUUUAAUGAUGUUUCCAUUCAGACAUGUAUGUGUGAGCUCAGGCCUUGGCAUUGUUGUUUGGCCCCAAAUAACAAAACCUUGACACGUAGACCCCAGGCCUUCACCAAAUCUCUCUCUCUAGACAUGGGCUUCCCUGAUGUCCACCCAGUAGGCAUCUGCCACACUGUACCUGCCCACUGUCAUGACUGCUGUCUCCAUUGCCAAGGACACAGGCCGAGCCCUGGCCUUGCAGCUUCAAUCCAUAGGCAUUGCCUGUGCGCACAUACCAACCAUCCAGAGGUCCAGUUCAUGAAGACUUUGAAAGUCCUUCAGGAGACUGCAGUGAGGGAACUAUGUUCUUGUACAGUCCAUGACAUGGAAGCCAUGAAGACGGUAUGCCAGAGUUUCCGGGAGCACUUAGAGGAAACUGAGCAGCACCUUGAGGAACAGCAGGCAUUCUUUUCCAGGGAUAUGUCAGAGGAGGAAAGAGAGGAGGCCAAACAACUGCAAACUUUACGUGGGGCCCUGAGACAGCAGGUGGCAGAGCUGGAAUUCCAGUUAGGAGACCGGGCACGGCAAAUCAGAGAAGGAAUUCUACUGCAACUGGAGCUUCUCACAGGGGAACCACCUGAACAUGAUACAUAUCUGCAUGAAUGUAACUGGACAGAAGAAAACAAUUGCCAGACUUCCUGUGCUAAAAUCCACCUGACCAAGGCCCCUGGGGCUGUCUUUCCUGCUAGUGAUGGCUGGCAGGCUCCCUGCUCAGAUGUGAGACAGUUGACUGCCUCGGCUCCACCCACCUUGGAAAACACCAGGGUGUCUCCUCCAUCACCAGCUCUGACAGAGUCAGGUCCAGCUCCUAUGUCAAGUUGUCCUGCUGGAGAAAAAGAUAUGAACAUCUUCCUCUAG